AUGGACUCAUGCUCUGUCACUUCGCGCGAGGUCUCAGUCACCAGCAUUCAACUCACCUCCGAAAACCAACACUUCCCUCCAAUCGAUGAACCCACCCUCGCGACGGACAAUUUUCUCCUCAACAUGACCGACCUCGCCCGCACGGUGGACGAACUCCUUCCCUUGUUUAAUGAGAGACCCGCCACCAAUACUGUCCUCGGAAUCCCAGAGCUCAAGGAACACAUCAUCCUGCAACUCUCCACCGACCAGAUUCUGCAAGCAAAACUUCUCUCACGCGCCACGAAGGAGCUCAUCGAGACCUCUCCGCUCAUCACUCUGCAAACCAUCUUUCCAGCACAGACCACCGCAUCUACUCCGUUCGUGCCAAACAUCAUGGGCACCAACGAGUUCUUCAUUACGGAUGAAGAGCAAUUUCAGAUUAUCACCCCUUCACCAACGCGUUCGCUGCACUACGCGCCAUCUGCCGACGUGCCAGGCACCAUGCAGGCAUUCUACCACCUUCACCGCGAGUACGAUGAACCAACCCUACUCCCGCCACUCACCAAAGGCCAAAUGCAAACCACCCUUUUCCGGUACAACCCAUCCACCCGCGUCACCGUCACGAACUGGAAACCGCUCUCCACCAAGAUCUGCGUCGGCUGGACCAAUUUUACUAUCCACGUCAAGUCCUGCCGCGUCGUCGACUUGGUGGCAUUGGUGGAGAAACUCGGUGCAAUUCUCGCCACCAUGCCCGAGACCGAGGUCAAGAAGGCUCUGGCUGGCGGCGACUGGCUUGAGGGAAUCAAGGAGCACCAGCUCGAGCUCCAUAGCUGGGGCAAGCAUCUGACUGAGGAGGAGAAGGCGGUGCUGGUGGAGGAUUCAGAGCUGGAAGUCGGGUUCGAGGGAUGGUGGUAUCCUAUGAGACGCGAAUACUACGGCUUUGAUUUCUAG